CGCGGCACGGCGCUCGAGAAUCAGUUGCAUUUCGGCUUUCGACACUUGAACAGCUCUUUGGCUUUAACUCAAAUACACCGGUUUGGUCCAUGGGGAUUGACUGUUGGUGGAGUCUUUGGGUGUUGUGAUUUUAAAGGGCCAGUAGGUCUUCGCGAAACGGGCUUUUUUCGGGUCUUUCGCGCUUGUUUUCGCGGGUGAAAUUCUAGUGGAACUACAAAACAGCAAGCGAUUCCAGUGACCGUAGUGCUACAUUUUUUGUGUUUCGUUGCAAAGAAUCCUUCCUCGGUUGAAGGUGGAGUUUAUCGGCGAAGAGAGUGUUGGGGAAGGCUUUUGGUAGCCUUGGGGAUAGCCGUUAAGUGGCGAAGAAGGGUGGUUUUUUGUAUCUCGAAGUUCAAGGAAGUCACGGUGAAACAAGAAACGAAAUUGUGAAUGUUCUCAAGUGAUUUUGAGAUAACUUAGUGGAGGUGAUCGUGUAUUUUACUUAAAAAUUGGAAGAGAAGAUCUCAAAGUCAGCAUUUCUAUCAUCUAGCAGGAAUACAUAAAAAGGUUUGCAGAUUCCCAGCCUCUGACAGUAAAUUUCUUCAAUUUCAAUUCGUUGAUUGUGCCGUCGUGGCCGCCCGGACAGACGUGCAGCAAGCAAAGCGAAAUAGGUAGUGGCUGGAGGUGACGCGAAGAAAGCAAAACAACGGUGCGUAAAUGCCAAAAGCCACCGAAAUUCGCACAGCGUGAAGUCAAAGAAGGCAUAAACGACGACUACGCCUACAGUGAAACGAACCAAAGUCAUACUCUCUUUAUCAUCGGUUUGCGAAAAAUAUCGAAUUGCUCCCCACGCAAACAUCUAUCCGGGCAGCAUUCAUUGUGGACCCGCCGCCGCCGCCACUCAGCUGUUAUCGCUGGAAAUUCAUCUCAGCCGCUGCUGCUCGGUCGAGCGCAUAUCUCUAGGCACCUAUAUCUGAGUCACAGGUUCGGUACUUCAGCGGAUAGGAAGACAAAUACGGCACUCGAAAGGUAGCGCCGGUCGUCACCGAGUCGUAUAAUUGGUGUUUCUCUUUUGUUUCACGAUUUGGGAGUUUUGUUUGAACAGUUCGUUCGCGUACGCGGCGUUUUUUGGGGCAUCGCACCGGGCGGGCUACGGAAGAACUUUCAGUUGGUUUCGGUCGGAGAGCCGAAACAAAAAGUGUUCACUAGCGGUGAAACAACGGAAUCGUUAGUUGCUAGAGCGAGUAUCUUCUGCAAAACGAAUAAAGCGAUAAACAGCGUGAAAGAUAUUGGGCAAGAUCCUCUACCAUCCUGGACAUAAUCCAACUUGAGCACCAACCUCGCAGUGACACACCCAUAGCGCACGCAACAACUGUUUGCAUCAUCAAGCAAAGUACCGGGUCUAACGCUUCACCUCGCAGUAUAGCAACUGAUUCCACCCCGAAGGAAACACUUCGCGCCACACCACCCUGGAUUGGAGGUGCUCAAAACGAAUCAGCAAUCAGCGUAGGGCAAUCGUGGAACGAAAGCGUUGCAUUGGGAACCAACUGUGAAACGGCGGUCCACACAAGAAACAACUUAUGAAAUAAUAGACCGAUGUUAUUUGGGAAAGAUCACGUCUACUGAAAUAGGCAGAUAAAGGGGAGAAUUGUGUUUAUUGAAUGUCGUUAUAGAUAAUCGAUUGCAUCGAUUAGGUCGAUGUAUAAUAGCUUUUGAAGGAGACGUACAGUCUGAGCAAGAAAACCGGCUAAAGGAUAACACAAUAGCAAUAAUGAGCAGUCGAUCCAUAACAAUUGCGGCAUCGUGUCUGCUGACGGUGCUCCUCGCGGUGGGCACAACCCAGUCACAGCAAGUCUUCCAGCAGCACCAAAACCUGGAGCAAUACGACCCGAGCGCAUUGCCGCAGCACACGGCCGCCGGGGAGCACAUUUCCGGCCGGCGCAUCAAACGGAUGUACGCCAUGUGCCCGCCCGGAUUCAACCGCAUCGGCAACGAGUGCUACUACAUUUCGCGCAAUAGGGAAAACUUUCUCGAUGCGCACUUCGAGUGCAAGGAUCGCAACAGUAAGCUGGCCGAGCCGCUGAAGUUCGACGACAAGAGCCUGCGGAAGUAUCUGCUAAAGUCGAGAGAGAAGAACUAUCUUUGGAUCGGUGGAAACUACAAUUGGAUGGCCAACAAGUGGCAGUGGGGCUAUAACGGAAAGGAUAUCGGCUACCAGUCCUUUAGCCAAAUGGUUCCAGGGAGCAGCCAGGAUUUGAGAUACCACUGUGCAGUGCUUAACCCUGACCUCAAAUUCAGAUGGUCAGCUAAGCUAUGCACAGAAAAAUUGAACUUUAUCUGCCAGCACAAGAUGCCGCUCGUCAACAGUCACAGCCGCGCCAAGGUCUACACCAGAUGGAACGCAACCUUCCCGAACGAAAUGGCCAAUGAGGUGGAAGUUGUGGUAGCUGACCAACCGCGUAGCAGCACCCUUAAGGACUUUUACAGAACAAAUGUCAAUUCCAAGAUGAACUUGACCAGAUUGAACAGAAAAUGGAAAAAGUUUAACCGAACCCAGCGAAUCAAAGGUUAUCGCAACAGGAACCAAUCUCAGCCAAGGAAAGAUUUCAUCAGCAAUGAUAUCGUCCAUCGCCCGGUGGUAGAAUAUGCUUCCGAUAAUUCUUACAACAAUAUCAAUGGUAAUGGAAACGGAAACGACUACCGCAAUGGAAAUAGCGUGCCUGGUCGUCGUUUCAACGUGGAUAUCCACAAUCCAAAACUCCGUAAGGAUUAUCGCAUGAACGAGGUUGAUGGCGAAUACAGACCUCAUCGACACCAUCCAACAACCAAAGCUCCUCCCACUACCGAGACAACCACCACCACCACCACCACCAGCACGACUACUACCACUACAACAACUCCUGUGCCAGAAACAAUCCCCACUGAGGCUUUACAAGUAGUCACCGAAAGACAGCAAUCACUGCGAUUAACGAAAGAGGAACAGAAAGCUUAUCGUGAUCAGAUACGUGAGCGGCUGGCAAAACUCUCACCGGAAGAACGAGCGCAGUUUGAGGCCAAGCGAGCAAAAGCUACCAAGAAAUAUCAACACACGACCAAGCCCCAACUGCUGUCGCACGAUGAGAGAAAGGCUCGCCGUCACAAGCUUCGGGAACGACUAGCAAUGCUCACGCCCGAAGAACGCGCCAUGUUCUUCGACGAGCGUGCCAAGCGAAAGCAGUCCAAGAAACGCCACCUCCAGAACGAAACCAUUCCGUAAGAGUGCUGCCAAGCAGCCGGUCGUCGACUUCGAAACGAAAGAACUAAGCGAUAAGAAAUUGCCUCAACAGCAACCACAGAGUCCUUCUUCCCAAGGCGAGAGGGAGAUUGUAACUGACGCUGGGGAUCCAAUCCCCGGUGGUAUCUCUCGGUAACUCUACUCUAGAUUGACCAAUCUACUAGAAAGAAGCAAAACAUUUUAAAUAUGUAGUGUAAAUCGGUUCCUAAGUCUGUCCCUGUACGUACACUGUCCUAUCAGAUAAUCUAACGUUCGCCGGUAAACAAAAAAACUUACACAUAUCCUUUCUACUUCUACUAGCUAUAUUAGAAAUUAAGACAGCAAUCUUUCGAUCCUUUGGACUUUUUAUUCUAUUGAACGCUUCUGUAAUGUCAUUAAUUUAACUAAGUUCUUCACGAACACAAUACCUAUUAUAGAUAAGAUGUUAGAAAACAAAUAUUACUUGACAAUUACCGUCGAAUCCAAAUAAACGAAGUUUUUUGUUGUUAAAUUUCCAAUUUAAAUUAUACAUUACUACUAAAAGAGAGAUAUUUUCUAAUAAAUAAAAAAUCUAGAGAAAAAAAACAAAACAAUGUCAACCAACAGUCAUUAUUUGUUAAGUUCAAAAGUUAUAUAUACAUAAACUAAAGUGAAUUAAGAACCAAUAUUAGAAAAGCAAAAUUCAUAACUUAACAGCACCAUUCAUUAGGGUAAAAGAAGCAAUCUACAUUAUAGAGAACCAUCAACAGAAAAUCGACAUUUCAACAUCAGUAAGUGCAUCGCAUCCCAGUGAGAGCUAAUGCAAGAAUACAAGUUGAUUUACUGAACAGGAAAGCAAAAAACUUAAACAAGAACAUUAACAAUUUGCCAUAUUAACAUUAAGUUCGAAACUAAUAAUAUAUGCGCAAACACAAGCUGAGACGAACCAUCUCAUUGUUAAUAAUUAGAUAUCAUUGCUAGAUGCUACUUUCUUGAAGCAAACUCUCUCAAUCUCCUAGCGUAGUGCGUAGUUUUAAACAACACGAAAGGAUAGCCUGUAAAACUAAGCCACACCAACAAAAGCAACAGAAAACUAAACUAUCGGGAAGUGAAAUUAGUUCAAGGUCAAAGCGGUAGUGGUGAGGCAAAUAUACAACGACAUCUGUUGGCAGCAGUAUUUUUAGGUUUCGUAUUUGUUAUGAUCUGAGAACAAAGCAAAAGAAAGCAACAAAUCUUGUAACCGCAUUGAAAUGAUGAGAAAAAAAAGUGAUAAAAAGAUGUUCGAAUUACAAGAAAAAGCAAAUUAUUAGGAUCGAAUUGAGAUUGCAAAUAAAAUUCUUAAGAGAGCGA